GCGUUCACCAAGAAGAAUCCUGCACCAUAUCCACCUGGUCCUUCGGGAUUCCCUCUCAUUGGGAACGUCCUAGACAUACCUGACAUCAAGCCCUGGCUCACAUUCGCUGAGUGGGGCAAAAAGUAUGGUGAUAUCUCACAUAUCGAGGUUCUGGGCCAGCAUAUUAUUGUCGUGAACUCUGUCAAGAUCGCGAUGGACAUGCUGGACAAGAAGAGCACUAUGUACUCUGAUCGUCCUGUUUUUCCCAUGGCUGGCGAACUUGUUGGCUUGAAGCACAUUUUGACGCUCCUUCCUUAUGGUGACCAUUUUCGCCAGUCACGCAAGUACUUCCAUCGCGUCAUUGGCAGUCGCGCUGCCCUCGAUGUCUACAACCCGAUCGAGGAGGUUGAGACACAUCGGUUCCUGAAGCGUGUGCUUGCAAAACCCGACCAGCUACAGGCACACGUUCGACACACCGCUGGCGCUAUCAUUCUACGCAUCUCUCAUGGUUAUGAAGUGAAGGAGAACAACGAUCCCUUCAUCGACCUUGCAGACCGCGCUGUGGACAGAUUCUCGCGGUCCACCGCUCCCGGUGCAUUCAUGGUUGACAUCGUGCCAUCCUUGGCCAAGGUUCCCGAGUGGUUCCCUGGCGCUGGCUUCAAGCGCAUAGCCCGUGAAUGGCGCGAGACCGUCGAGGAGCUGGCUGCUGCACCCCACAAAUUCGUGAAGGAUCAGAUGGCCGCUGGCAUCGCCCAGAAGUCUUUUACCUCGAAUCUGUUGGAAAGUCGUACUUUGUCUGCGGAAGAGGAACACCUUGUGAAAUGGUCUGCUGCAUCUCUGUACGGUGGUGGUGCCGACACGACUGUUUCUACAAUCUACUCGCUUUUCCUAGCUAUGACUCUUUACCCUGAUGUGCAGAAGAAGGCUCAGGCUGAAAUAGACGCCGUUGUUGGUCCUGAUCGUCUUCCAUCCUUCGCCGAUCGCGAGUCUCUGCCCUACAUCGAGGCCCUUGUGAAAGAAGUCCUACGUUGGAAUGCUGUUGUCCCUACCAGUGUCCCCCACCGCGUCACUGAUGACGACAUCCAUGACGGAUACUAUAUUCCAAAAGGUUCCUUGAUAAUCGCUAAUAUUUGGUUGGUACCCCCACUUUUUCGUGUUUGAUAUAUCAACAGAAUUUAAUGACAGGUUCAUGCUCAAUGACCCACGGACUUAUGCUAACCCCUCGCAAUUCGACCCUGAACGCUUUUUAGCGAAGGAUGGAAAGGGGCCUGAGACCGAUCCUCGUACGAUCUGCUUCGGCUUUGGCAGACGUAUCUGCCCAGGCCUCCACCUCGCUGAUGCGUCCACCUGGAUAUCCUCCGCGAGGUCACUCGCCGUGUUUGAUAUUUCCAAGGUCGUUGAGAACGGUUUUGAGAUCACCCCUGAGGUUGACCCCUCAUCAGGUACAAUCAG